UUACUUAUCAACCCAAACGUCAAAAUGAUGCAGAUGAAAAUAUCAGAGACGACGGUAUAGAAACGUUCUAUCAACUAUUAUGUCUUGGGAAACUUUAGUUAAAGAACACUUACUGCAACACAAAGUGGUUAGUGGAAUACUUCUAUUGACAAAGCAUGGACAAGAAGCUUUCACCUAUGGGGAGCUUUCAAAUCUUCUUCAGGAUGAAAAACAACAGUUUAUAGACUCUUUUAGAGGCCUGAAUCCAGCUUCAAAUUACAAUACAUUUCUACUAACAGUUGGAAAGAGACCAACAGUGCAGUAUAAGAUAUACAAACAGUCAUAUUGCAGUAUUUAUGCAACAUCAGAAAGUGACAGAGAUGGUCUGGCAGUUUGUAAUCUUCCCUAUGGUAUAAUGAUAUGUACAUUUCAUCAGCCCGUACAAUGUUGUAAAGCUGUGCAAUGCAUUGAAAAAUUCUGUGAUCUACUCAGAACAUGAACAGACUAAAGUGAAUCUCAAGGGUAUACUGUGUAGUAGAAAAGGCUUAAACUCAGUCCUGAUGACAUUUGUUGACAAAGUAACUGAAGAAGGACAGCAUUCAAUUGUGAUCUCAGAUUUGAUUGAGAAUGACCAUUUUAAUAGACCACUUUGUAGUAAACUACAUUCCUGUGUUUUUGGAAGGCAAAUUUAAAACAUUAUGGUGUAGUUGAAGAGGAUUGUGUAUUGAAUCAUUCUAGGAAAUAUUUAUUAUCUUGCUGUCAAAUAUUGCGAGACAAGUGUUACUUUAUAUAUAUGUUAAAUUAUUUGUGUCACUUAUAAGCUGCUUUGUAUAUUUUGUAAAAUAUAUGAAUGAAGCUUCUAUUCAGACAAGAUUUAUAUAGUGAGAAAGUUGAGAAAAAAUUAAAAGACAUGUAUUUUACUACCAUGGAUCUUAACAUUUCAUCGGUCAAAAGAUUUAGAAAUAAGGAAUAAAAGUUACUACAUGUAGCUGCUAUCUGCUUAUCUGGAAAAAAAUAUAGUUACAGAAUUAUGAUAUUAAUUUAGUACUACAAGUCUGUAUUAUUUUGUGAAUAGGAGAUAGAUACAUUUUGAAUAUUUUUUUUUUCAAAAAAUAUAUGGAAUGAAUGUUAAAAACUUCUGUCAAAGGUCUAUAGAAAGUAUUAUAUUGAUUUACUACUUUAGGAUUCAUUGAUCAAUGCCUUAUGUCAUUUAUAUGUAAUAAUUGAUUGAUUGACAGUAAUAAACAUAUGGUUUAGUUUGGUAAAAUGUUUGGACAUGUAUAACAUAUAUAAUAACAUUCCAAAGUGAAAUAAAAAAAUUUGCAGUUUGA